AUGUUUACCAAGAAAAGUAAACUCGAGAAAUAUGUUCAAACUAUGAUGGACUUGGUGAGUGAAAAAACACUGUUAUUUUUAUUUUUUCACCGCGAUACAAACAUAAUAUAUAACUGUAUUUUUCUCUUUUUGAACUAGGCUUCCGAUGUGUAUAAACAUCAAUCGUUGUCUCAACACGGAGUCAAAAUCCACUUAGUUGUUUCCAAGAUAGAACUGCUUCAGGUGAUAUACAAAAAUCAUUAUUAACAAGUUUGAAAACUAGAACUCUACCAAACACCGAAGUCUUUCGAUUCGUUUCCUCUUAUGUAGUGACACGCUCUAAUAAUCCUUAAAAUACUCAUUAAUAAUUCAUAAACCUUGUGGCAAAUCAUGUCAGCCAUAAUAUGCCACGUGGAGUGACUUUAUAUCUGAUAAAACUCACGUUCAUUAGUAUUCUUUAUAUAAUUGUUCAACCUAAUUAGUAUUCUUUUGUAGUCGUAUUUUAAGCUAUUCAAAACACUCGUGUUUUAUCAGAUAUAAAACGCUCGACUGCGCCUCGCGUUUUAUACCUGAUAAAACACUCCUACUCGUGUUUUAAACAGUACUUAAUAAAGCAAACUAAAUUCUUUUUUCAGAGUGAAAUAAAGUUGGAUCCAUCUCUUAAAGAAAAUAAUGUGAAACGUGUUUGCUUGUUAAUGAAUAGAAUGGCAAACAAUGGUUCCAUAAGAUAUGAUCACAAUUUAUUCCUUACAAGGUAAGAGGAAAUGUGUGGUAUCUGAGUUACGUACAUUUAGAGGCUACUUAUAUUAAUUUAAUUUAAUUAAUAUCCUCUUUUACUAUUUUUUGUUAUUUUAGGAAUAAUUUUGGCGUUAGAGGUAACUUUCUUCUUCUUUUUGUAGGUUUCCUUCCCUUUUUCCUUGCCUCUUCUUUUCCCCUUCAAUUCAUCCAUUUUUCUUCAUUCCCUCCUCCCUCCCUCUUCCCUUAUCCCUUCCGCCCUCUAUCCUCCAUUCCCCUCUCCUUCCUUCCUACCUCUCUCCUUCCUUCCAUCCAUUCCUUUCUUCCUUCUCCUCCCUCUCUCUCUCUCUCUUUCUUCCAUCCCUUCUUCCCUCCUUCCUCCCUCCCUCUCUAGCAAUGGUUCUAUGAAGAUUAAUCUCAUUUCUCAACUUCAGGUGCAGGAAUGGUUGGCACUAUGUGCCGACGGUACGGUAGUUGUUCCAUGGUGCUUGCUAAAGGCUUCCCUUCAGCAAUUACGGUUGCACAUGAAAUUGCCCACUCGUAAGUUGAAUACAAUUAAAACAUAAUGGUUGAUUAUUUGAUUCCGAGAUUCUUAAAUAGGAAUGGUGGGGGUUUGCAUGUAUUGAAACACUUUGAGAUGUUUGAAGAUCACCAUAGUAAAUCUAACGCGAAAGUUUUAUUUAGUUUCAAUACAACGACACACUACCUUUUGUUCAUGAAUUAUUAAAUGAAAGCGUUUGAGAUCUCCCGGAUUCUGAGGAAAAUUUCACGCAUACUUUAUGGGGGAAUCUUAAGGAAUAAUUCUAUCAUAUUUCCUUAUCUGUUAUUUGAGACAUGUACCAAGAAAAUAUACUUGACCGUAUUUAUGUGCAUACCUAGUAUAUGCCGUAAUGUACGCUAAAAUGUUCCAAUGUUUUUACGCACUUUUGAGGCAAUUGUUUCCACUUUAAGGCUUGGUGCGAGAAACGGCAACUUCGCCCCGUCUGCCCUAAGAAUCAUGUCGCCCCGUUCGCGUUCACAACAUCAUUACUCAUGGUCGACACGAACUCAACGUUCACUACUUCGCAAUGUCAGGUAGGAUAAAUGGCUUCAUUUAUAUGGAGACAGAUGAUCGUACUGAACGAACUUUAGGAAAGACCGAAAAGAUAGUUUGUUCAGAACUUACUUCGUAUCAGUUUAUUCUGCAGUAUCAGUUCUAACCUGCUUUCCCUAGAAGUGUAGUAAGCUCUUGUUGGUCCACAGGAGGAAAGAUGGCUCUACCAGUUCUAGAUCUUUAGAAGUUCUAUGAGGGCCACCACGUAAUGAUCCAGUGUUACUACAGGAGGAAACCUAAACUAAACUAACUUUAUUUAUACUGGAUAGCUCUAUCAGUUCUAAUCUGUUCUUCCUAGAGGUCCAGUAAGGAUCAUCUCUUAUUGAUCCAGUGUUACUACAGGAGGAAACCUAAACUAAACUAAACUAAACUAAACUAAACUAAAGCCCCGUUUACACUACGCUCAAUUUUUGGUACGGCACGGAUAAAACUGGUACCCGUACCACUGUUUUGGUUCUUGGACUACCUAAUUAGGCAAUCCAAGAACCAAAAAAGUGGUACGGUACCAAAAAUCAAACGUAGUGUAAACGGGGCUUAACUUUAUUUAUACUGGAUAGCUCUAUCAGUUCUAAACUGUUCUCCCUAGAGGUCCAGUAAGGAUCAUCUCUUCUUGUUGAUCCAGUGUUGCUAAAGGAGGUUAACUAAUUUAACUCGUUAGCGUUCGAACAAGUUUACACAAAGUAGAAGGGUGAUGGUUGAUUCGUUUUUCAUCUUUGCAGACGAUUUGGUUGUCUCAAUAAUAAACCCACUAUGACAAUGCAAUCACGUGCGUAUCCCGGCAUACAUUUCUCUCUGCUCGAGCAAUGUCAGUUGGAAUUCGCAGCAACAAAAAACCUGUGCCGCCAGUUUAAGGUAGGUUUAAAUAGUAUAUCUUACUCCAAAACUAAAUCGUGUUGAAAGAAGGCUGAGGAACUAACUUUAAAGUGUUCUUCCUAGCACCCUUCCUAGCUUCCCCUGCCCCCCCCCCACUUCUCCCCCCUCCUCCUCCCUCCACGUCUCUCCUCGCUGCCCCUCCUGAACUCCUCCUCACACUCCCCCUCCUUUCAAACACUAUUGGCGUAUUUACACUUCCAUAUAAACCCAUCAAUUCUUUUGAUCAGGGAGAUAAAUGUCUACAGUUGCGAUGUGAGAUACCUAGAUACCCAAAUUUGUGCAAGAUAUCGCAACGGCCGUUGGACGGAACCAAAUGUGGUGUGAACAAGGUACCGUUUGUUUUUGUUGAAUCAUUUUUGAAUAAAAACAUUCACUCUCAUCACAUUGAAAAUAUAGUCUAACAUAUUUUCCCCUUUAUUAAAAUAUUUAAUGUCUUCAAAAACGUGUAGAUGGGAAGAGAUUCGACUGCAUGAAAAGUAAAACGUCUAGGAAGUGUCUUCGCUCGUAACGUCGAGGUUUUGCUUGUAUUUUUCAUGUGUCGAAUCCCUCUACCCAUCUCAAUUUUUUCGCACAGACAGUCAAUAGGGAGCUUAAGCAUGUAGAACGUCAACACGACGACGACGGCAACCAAUACAAUGAGUCAAUGAAAAGAAAUAAAUAAUUAAAGUACCAGGGGAGUUUCAGACGUAGUCGUCGCUCUGUUUACAACGGAGAUUUUUUUAUAUCACAGAUUUUCACGUCCUUUGUACAACGCCUGCAUUUCAAGACGUAACAAGUGCAACUUAAAAUUCGGUUCAGUAGAACUCUUCCCAAACAUAAAGCCAAUGUUUUCAACUUCUUAUACUGUGUUAAAUUCAUACGAAUUAUAAUAUACGACAAGCUUUCUUUACUAUCAUUUAUUUGAAGGAAUUUGUUUUGGCCGUCGUCGUGGUGUUGCCGUCCUGCAUGCUUAAGCUCGCUAUUGUCUUCAAAGUCUACAGUGACUUUUAUUUCUUGUAUUUUAGUGGUGUAUGGCUGGAAAAUGUCGGACGAAGACAAAAUAA